UCCUAAUGAACCGAUCGUUCAGGGGUCGCCCACCAGUGUAACUUCGCUCCAGAUGGGAGAGUUAGUGUGAGGUCAGACGUACAAACACUGGACUACAGCUCCGACUACAGAAUUACACAACACCUGGCAUUUAUCCGUCUUCUAACGUCUCUUUUGGUUGUAACAGUAGAUGUCUGCUGAACUCUACGCUGAGGCUGGACCAGGUGGGAGUAAUGGCAGCGCUGCUGUCACCUCAUUGGAAGGAAGCAAACCAAUACACCGCUUCAUUAGGGGCCAACCCAAGAUUAUUGGCACUGCUGUGCUGAUCAUGGGCGUGUCCUCCUUCAUCUUCACCUUUUCGGUUAUGGCAGCUGCAGAGAUAUCAGUCGUGCCUAGUUUCUUGCAGGGAUCACUGUACGUCACAACUGGGAUCCUGUAUAUUGUGACAGAGCACAACCCUACCAAGAAAACAGUAACCAUAUCAUUAGCUCUGACCAUUGUAACCAUAUUGUGGAUAUGUUGGACUAUCCUGCACACUGUGUCACACUUAGGACACUACUACCACUAUUUGCACAAUCACGAGCAAGAAGAAGGAUACAAGAACGUGACAGACUCCUACAAAUGGGAAUUGUAUUCUGAGGCCAUUAGGCUGAGUGUGGACAGCGUCGUUGCAUUCCACAAUUUGGUUGGCGUAAUAAUUAUGAUAGUAAUGACAUCUCUGGCCGUGGCAGCCCUGCGUUCCACAAAGAGCCAGGCCAUUGUAGUGAUGACUGCUGUGGCGAAUGAAACCCCAGUUGAAUAACGAGCACAAGAGGAGGGUCUGAAAUGAGCAGAGAGAAACAACAUGAAGCAUACGAAGACAUGAAAUCGUCCGUCUUUGCUAAUGCGUCAUGACUUCUAAACAGUAGCCGGUUCUCACUAACAUGCUUGUCACUGUGUAUAAUGUACUAAAAUGUAUAUCCUGUAUGAUAUGAAAUGUGUUGUGGUGAUUCUGUGAGUCCUGCUUCCUCCACUGUGUUACGGCCGUAUUUACCUCUUUUGACGUUUGCCACCAGGAUCAAUAGAACCAUGGCACUGAACUUUCCACACAGUACAGCAUCUAACUGCAGUCUGGCUUGUCUCCACGUUAUGUUUGCGCAACGUCUAAUACACGAGUGUAGCUUGUUAACGCUUCUUGAAUUUCUUAAAAAACAACCAAAUUAGUGAGAUUAGAAUCGUUGGUGUCUUUGCUACAGUGAACAAGAACCAGAAUCUCAAGGAUCAGUGUGCAGGAUUAACAGGGAUCUAUCUGUAGACAUGGAAUAAAAUACUACUGUUAAUGACAA